UUUUCUAGAACAUCACAACAGUUUUUAAAUUAAACACCAUACAGUUUGUCCAUUUAUAGUUACAUUUAAUGUGCUGGAACGUCCAUGUAAUAUGGUAGUUCCUGUUCUAGUCUCAGUCUUCUUCUCUCUCUCUCUCUCUCUCUCUCUCUCUCUCUCUCUCUCUCUCUCUCUCUCUGUAUGUAAACACUUCACUCUGACCAUUCCAAAGCACUGACACUGGAGACUCCUUUCAGGACUUUCAGGACAAUGCAGGCUCUGGGGAACUUGUUUCUGUCGGUGAGCCUGAGACCCAUCAGAAGGCCAACAGCAUCACAGGAAAAUACGGAAUGUGGUUCCAGGACCCAGAGUCUCCAGGAGCUCUGUAUGGGCCAGACACAGUGUUGGGCAUCGACACUGUGAGCAGUGACGUACGAGAACUGUACGCCUAUGAAAACCUGGAGCAGCUCGCCUGUGGCUACCCCACCAAAGUCCUGCUUUUACCAGAGUCGAUGGGGAGCACCGGGGCCACCGUGUACCACGGAUCGCUUUACUACAGAAGCAGACAGAGCCCCACGCUGCUGCGUUAUGACCUUGUCGCUGAGAACAUCGUGGCCCGGAGGGAGCUGCCACACACAGGAUUCCACGGCCAGUAUCCUUAUUCCUGGAGUGGCUACACCGACAUCGACCUGGCUGUGGACGAGAAGGGACUGUGGGCCAUUUACAGCACAGAAAAGGCUCGUGGAGCCGUCAUUAUCUCACAGCUGGAUCCUGAACACCUGAGAGUGAUCAGAAGCUGGGAGACCAACAUCCAGAAGAACAAAGUGGCGAACGCUUUCAUGGUGUGUGGCAGACUGUACACUGCACAACCCAACUUUUAUAACAUCGUGUAACUUAGCGCCAUCUUCUGGCAAAUAGAUUCAAACCCACAGGGGACUUCACAUGGAAGUGUAUUUUGUUGGAAUAUGUGAUGUUAACAACCUGUAUAAGUUCUUUAAAUGCACCUCUGUAUCUAAAUUAAUUAAUAAAUAA